CACAAGACUUGAAAGAAAAUAGGAAAUGAAUUCAGUAUAUAAAGACAGCGUAGUUGAGCUGAAAAAUGCAUCAGUAAAACGCCGACUCUCGUGCAAGAACACCUUCUCUUAAAGUGAUUUUACUCCAGCAACUCCAUCAUGAAAUUUAUUCUGAUUGCUCUUUUGGGAUUGGCGGCUAUCGUUGCUAGCCAGCCCGUUGACGAAGCUGCUGCUCCGGAUGGAGUUCCAGUUGGAGGAGUUGCCGUUGAAGCGGAACCUAUUCACGACAUGGAGGGCAGUGAGGCUGGUUUGAAACUAAUCGAACACAAGUUGGAACAUUGGCUGAAGAAGUGCUACAAAAAGGGAGGCUGCGGAUCCGGUUAUGGAUAUGGUGGAUAUCCUGUGUAUCCAUACCCAGUUCCUGUUUACACUCCUGUCUACCACGGCGUCUACGCAACACCGUAUGCUGGUGGUUAUGGGGCAUCCCAUGGCAGUUAUGGCAGUUAUGGAAGUUAUGGAAGUUAUGGCGGUUACGGCGGUUAUGGCGGUUACGGUGGUUACGGCGGUUACGGAUACGGACGAUAAAUUGAAAAUGAGCUAAACGGUACGAUGCAUUAACUUAUGAGUCACGUAAAACAUUACGAAAUUUCUAACUGAAAUUGUGAAAGUGUUAAAUACAUUUUUUUUAACAAAAGAAA